UCAUCUAUUUGUGUUUGUAUUUUAGUUGUUGGUGUUAGGUGUCAAAAGUUUUCACAUCUGGAGAUCUGACAGCCAUGGGGCUCGUCAAGUUCCUGCUCGUGCUGUGCUUUUCUCUGGCCGGUGCCCUGAACGUGCAUCGUAUGUCUGCAGACGAUCAAAAUGAGAUUUACGAAAGCCAAGCCAAGGAUAAGGUUGAUGCUGUCACCUUUGCUUUCGCCAAACAUUUCCAGAACCACAUGGUGCUACAGCGAGCGCCGCAACGAGCCAAUAUUUAUGGAUUCUCUCCAACCAUUGGUCAGAAGGUCACUUUACAGCUGGUAACUGUUCCAGCUACACGGACGUACAGCUACGAGACAGCUGUCCAUCAAGAUGGAAGCGUCGGUGCUUGGAAUUUCGUCCUUGACCCCUUCGCUGCAGGCGUUACAGUCAGCAUCAGGGUAGACUCCGGGGGCGAGUCCCACAAUAUAUCCGACGUCAUCUUUGGUGAUGUUUGGAUCUGUUCUGGACAGUCUAACAUGCAAAUGACCGUGUUCCAGAUAGAUGGCGCUGCCGAGGAGAUAGCCGACGCCCACAACUACCCCAACGUCCGCGUCAUGACUGUCAAUAUGGACCAAUCAGCGACGCCUCUGCAUGACAUCAUUAAAAUUGAGGAGCCAUGGUCUAAAGCGAACAAUGACUCAGUAGGUCACGGGGCAUGGAAUUACUUCUCAGCCGUCUGCUGGCUCUUUGGCAAAAAUAUCUUCAAAGCCAGGCACACUCCUAUAGGUCUGGUGGCCACAGACUGGGGAGGCACGCCCGUCAGGGCUUGGUCAUCACCCCAGGCUCUCGCCCAUUGUGGCGUCCACCAAGACGAACCGAAUGAGCAGCCACAGUCUUACAACAAAUAUUUGAACCAAAUGCCAUUAAAAGAAAGACACAGACUUGAGGGCCCAGGAAACAGUUCCGUCUUGUGGAACUCAAUGAUCCACCCUCUGCUCGGGAUGACCAUCUAUGGCGCCAUCUGGUAUCAGGGAGAAAAUGAUGCCGGAGGUGCAACCAGAGAUAAAUACAACUGUACAUUCCCCACAAUGAUCAAAGACUGGAGAAGCAACUGGAACAGGGCGUCCAAUGGUCAGACUAGUAACACUUUCCCAUUUGGUUUUGUACAGUUGGCUCCAAAUCAUGUUAGUCCAGGCGGUACUUAUGGCUUUACAGAUAUUCGUUGGCACCAGACGGCAGACAGAGGUUAUGUCCCCAACCCUGACAUGCCAAACGUUUUCAUGGCUGUGGCUAUGGACUUGCCAGAUUUUAACUCAACUUACGGCUCUAUUCACCCUCGCUAUAAGAGAGACAUUGGAGCGAGACUCGCCUUGAGUGGACUGGCCGUGGCCUACCACCAGAGCGGUAUCUUCCAGGGCCCACUGCCCACAGGUUCUCAUUCAUCAGCCAGCGGCCUGAUCGUGGACUAUGGUAACACCUGGAGGCUGCACAUUAUCAUUAAUGAUGGGUUUGAGGUCCAGUGUGCUCACUUGAGGUGGGUCGCUGACCCUAUAGUGGCCCACACCAACACCACUGUCACACUGAAGCCAAAUGUUUGCCACACAGGGGAGAAAAUCACUGGUCUCCGCUACGCUUGGAGUGAGUCCCCCUGCGCCCUUCACAGAUGUGCUAUCUACGAGACAUCCCAUAAUUUACCAGGACCACCAUUUAUAUCGUACGCUGACUUUGAUCCAAAUGGAGAACCAUAUUUUACUUUCAAUCAUCAAACACAUAUCAGAAACUAAUUAAAAUUAUUAAAAAACUAGGAAAGGUAGCUCUAUCUUCUUCUUCGUUCUCAUUUUUCAUGUCGGAGGGUUCAGAUCAGUAAUCCUAUAUCUGAGAUGAACUGCGCAGUGGUUUCCAGAUCAGGCAGUUCCCCGUAUAGUUUUAGUUCUAUAGGAAGGUUUUGGGGCCAGAGUCUUGUUCAGGCUUCAUGCAGCUUUGAAGGACAUAAUAAAAAACCCAUCUCUAAUAGCUUUCACUAUUCACCAUAAAUGCUGAUUUUAAUAAAACUAAUUUCGAAUCACAUGAAGAUAAAUAUAUUAGUGCAAUAGAGUCUAUCUAUAGUAUGUUUAAUUGAGCAAGUUAUCUUUUAUCUAGUAUACGCAAUAAGUUAUAAUUGUUACAACUAAAGUGUGACAAAGUUAUAUAUUUCAUUAUUAAAUAUUUAGAAUUAUUAUAUCCAUG